AUGUCGGCCGCAGCCCCAACCGCCCUCAAGAUCCUGCUCAUCGGCGACAGUGGGACCGGCAAGACGUCCCUCAUGUACCGUUAUGUGGAUGAUCGGUUCCGUAGCGAUGAGCUCGCCACCGUUGGUGUCGAUUUCAAAGUCCGCCAUGUGGUUGUCAACGACCAGUGCUACAAGCUGCUCAUUUUGGACACCGCCGGGCAGGACCGCUUCCGGACCCUUUCCUCUUCGUACUAUCGCGGCGCUCAUGGUGUCAUCCUCGUCUACGACAUUACCAACCGGUCGUCCUUCGACAAUCUGAGCAGCUGGUUCGACGAGCUGGACUACCACUGCCCCCCGGGGGAAAACUCCAAUGUCGUUACGAUGAUUGUCGGCAACAAACUGGACAGCCUCGACCAGUGCGCAGUCACCACCGAGGAGGGCCAGGCUCUGGCCCGGCGCCGCGGGUCGCUCUUCGUUCAGAGCAGUGCUCGCACGCGUGUCGGUGUAGCCCAGGCUUUCGAUCACCUUGUGGAGAAGAUCGUCGAGAAGAUGGCCCUGUCCAAUCAGACCGCCGCGCCCUCUACUCAGGGGAAUACCGUCUCCAAGAGUCAGUUCGAUGAGGCUGAGGAGGCGGACGAGGGCAGCUCCUGUGGGUGUUAG